UUCAUGGGCUUAACUAAUGACUGCCUUAAUCCGAAGAUACUGAGCUGAGUAUCCUCGCACACAAAGUCUAUGUCUAUUUGUAACAGCUGACACUGGACAUCAUGAACUCCACAGUGGUGAAGGGCUUCAAUGGGUCUGAGCGGUGCCCCAGGGACAUGCAGACAGCACAGUUGGUGUUCCCAGCCAUCUACACUGCUGUCUUCUUCAUCGGCAUCCUGCUGAACGCUUUGGCCCUAUGGGUGUUCAUUUACAUCCCCAGCUCCUCCACCUUCAUUGUCUACCUCAAAAACACUUUGGUGGCUGACUUGAUAAUGACGCUCACGCUUCCAUUUAAAAUCAUCUCUGACGCACGCCUUGGACCCUGGCAACUCAGAGCCUUUGUGUGUCGUUUCUCUGCUGUCAUCUUUUAUGAGACCAUGUAUGUAGGCAUCAUACUGCUGGGACUCAUUGCCUUUGACAGGUUCCUCAAGAUCAUCAAACCUUUUGGAAAAUUUUUCGUACAAAAACCUGCUUUUGCAAGAGCCAUCUCAAGCCUGGUCUGGCUCGUUUUGUUCCUCAUCUCCCUGCCAAAUAUGAUCUUAAGCAACAAGGAAGCCACACCAUCCUCUGUGAAAAAGUGUGCCUCUUUAAAGGGCCCUCUGGGGCUGAAAUGGCAUGAAGUGGUGAAUUAUAUAUGCCAGUUCAUUUUCUGGACUGUUUUUGCCCUAAUGCUUCUGUUUUAUGUGGUGAUUGCAAAAAAGGUAUACAAUUCUUAUAGGAAGGCCAAAAGUAAGGACAGCAAAAACAACAAAAGGCUAGAAGGUAAAGUAUUUGUUGUAGUGGCUGUCUUCUUCGUGUGCUUUGCUCCAUUUCAUUUCGCCAGAGUCCCAUACACUCAGAGUCAAACCAACAGUAAGACCAACUGUCGACUGCAAAAUCAAUUGUUUCUAGCUAAAGAAUCAACUCUACUUUUGGCUGCAACUAAUAUUUGCAUGGAUCCCCUAAUAUAUAUAUUCUUAUGUAAAAAAUUCAUAGAAAGGGUACCAUGUAUGAAAGGGAGAAAGAUCACAGCAUCCACCCAAGAAAAUCAUACAAGUCAGUCAGACAAUAUAAUCCUAGAGUGAUAACUUUAUAGUGGUUAAUUAUUAUGUAUUGACAAGCCUUCAAAAGACAAGUAUGUAAAUCAAAUUUAAGCAAUGAAAGAAAAAUGGAUUAAAACAAAUGCCUUCUUACAUUUCAGUAUCCUGGUAUACAGAAAGGAUUAUAGACAUUUUAAUUCCAUGCAGAUCUACCCAUAAGCAGAAUGAAAUAUCAGUAAGGGAAGGCAGUAGAAAGCAAAUGGCCACUAGAGGUCAUAUGUUCCAGAGCAUUCACAUAUUUUGGAAAAGAUUUAUUAAGGGGAAAUGCAUAUUCCAAAAAACCUCCACUCCCACUCUUUUGCACAUGUAAUUCAAACAACACUAGUGCUUUUGUAUCCCCCUUGCUGAUUUAUUAAAAACUAUAAACCCAC